AUGGCGACCGUCGCAGAAGUUGACGCUGAGAUGCAACAGCAGCUUACAAACGAUGUCAAGCUCUUCAAUCGCUGGACCUAUGAAGACGUUGCGGUCACAGACAUCAGUCUUGUUGACUACAUUGGAGUUCAGGCAGCUAAACACGCAACAUUUGUCCCCCACACCGCUGGGAGAUACUCUGUGAAGAGAUUCAGGAAGGCGCAAUGCCCCAUUGUCGAGAGGCUCACUAACUCUCUCAUGAUGCACGGGAGGAACAAUGGUAAGAAGUUGAUGGCUGUUGGGAUCAUCAAGCACGCCAUGGAGAUUAUCCACCUCUUGACUGAUGCGAACCCGAUUCAGAUCAUCAUCGACGCCAUUGUCAACAGUGGUCCACGUGAAGAUGCAACCAGAAUUGGAUCUGCUGGUGUUGUUAGGAGACAAGCCGUCGAUAUCUCUCCUCUAAGGCGUGUUAACCAGGCUAUCUUCUUGCUUACAACCGGUGCUCGUGAGGCUGCAUUCAGAAACAUCAAGACUAUUGCUGAGUGCCUUGCUGAUGAAUUGAUCAACGCAGCCAAGGGCUCGUCCAACAGCUAUGCCAUCAAGAAGAAGGAUGAGAUUGAGAGGGUUGCCAAGGCCAAUCGUUAA